AUGGGGAUCUUCUUCAAUGAAUCUAACCUACCGUCCGCUGAAUUGCUCCACUUCUACAAGGUGUUUGAGGACACUGCACUCGGGAUUACCGUACUGAUGGUUCCCUUCACAAUUCUCGUCAUGGUUUUCAGUACGUUGUAUAUUUUUUGAAAAUUCUGUUUUUUAGCUAGUAACAGUGGCAUCAAACUCUAUCGACUACUCUUGAUCAACGAGUUGUCGUGGUAAGGGAUUACCAUCCACAAACGCACUAAUGAUAUUGUUCAAGGUCGCUGCUGCUUGACAUUAUGGCUGCGUUAAUUGGCGCUGUAUCUGUAUACCCUCUGCCUUGUUACUACGGUAUGAACGUCACCAGCGCCCUCUCCCACACGCAGCAGCUAAUUUACUUUAUUGUCGGGGUCGGCGUUUGUGUAAUGAAAGACAGCGCCAUCUUCUGCCAAUUGGAAUACAUUCUUGUGAAAUCGCUUGCGAUGGAUUCGAAGGCUAGAGCAUUCCUUCAUAUGAAAACAAGGAGCGGCGUGGUGCUCAGACAUGUCGGACUCAUGGUCGUUAUUCUCGGAGCAGUACUAGUAAGUCAGACCGAUCCAUAAAUUCCGGAGGACAAUUAUAUUACAGGGUGUACCAAAAAAAUGGAAACUUUUUUUCAUUUGUCCUGACGCGAAAAUGGUUAGGUGUAGCCAAAGAAGUUUAUUACUACAAAAUUCUCUGUGUUUUUCUGUCCUAGUGUUUUGAUUUUUACGCCCAUAUCGAUUAAUCGACCUGUCUUUUUUGAACUUCAAACAAAGGGACCUCGAUUUUUGACUUGUUUUUGGAGCUGUUCGAAAAGUUAAUUUGCUCGGUAUAGAAAGAACGUUGUGUCGAAAGUAAUCACGAGGCCCAAGGAGCUUGAUACGGAUAGUAAGCGCCCAGGAAGUGAAAGAAAAUGCACCGCCAGCGCUUCUUUCAACCGAAAGAUCCCCCACAGCAAAAUCCGCGAUUUUCAAGAAAAACUAGCCCUUGAGACUGACAUCAGCGACCGAUCGCUCGGCCGAAUAGUCAAAGGCGAGCUCAACCUCAUGUCAUACAAGCUCUAAAAAAUUCAGAUCUUUAAAGUCGAGAGAAAGUGCAUACAGCGCAAAAAUGUCGGAAAGUCAAACGGGUGGGCCGCAGCUCCGAGACGUGAGCGCAUUCAGUUCGCGGUUUAAUAUUUAGCGGAUACACAACCACCAGAACGAUAGAAUCUGCUUCAGUGAGGCUCCUAGCCUGUUGGCCAUCGUCAAAUACCACCAAAAUCCUGGUCGUCAUUGCUUAAGGCGGAAUUUGUGCCAGCGGCAAGAAUUCCAUGUUUUUCGUGAAUAAAUGGGACAAAAUACUAGCGCCGCGUUAAUUUCUGUUUUGUCGUGCUUCCGUGAGCUCAGCAGAACCUUGGCAAUGCAAACUUGGGGUUUCAACAGGACUCAGCGCCGGCUCACAAGGCAAAAUCGACUCAGGACCCGAAAUGGGACCGAUUUUUCCGAUUUUGUCCCGCCUGCGAAAUGGCCGCCUGCUCGCCAGAUCUGAAUCCAAUGGACUAUAUAUUUUUUUAAAUAGAAGGCCAGCACCUGUACUAUGCUCCACAAAAGUUUGGAGCCGCAACGUAAAUGAUGCGCCAAGAACGGGACCGAUUUCCCCAUAAAAAGCUGCGGCCCGGACCCCAAAAUUUUACGUCGCGUUUGGAGCUCUAUAUCGCCACCAAAGGCAGCCACUGUGAAACAGAUUGAACAUGUUAUAAACAAUGCUCUAUGUUACUAAUCAUAACCGUUACUUUUGCUGAAUUUUGAUUCUCCGAAAAAAUAUAGCUAUAAAAACAAGUUUCCAUUUUUUUGGUACACCCUGUAAAUAUACAUGUAUAUUCGAAGCUGCCAAAGAGGUCUAACCUUCUCACUAUUUUUAGGGUCCAGUAAUUUACUAUUUGCCCAAUCAAGAAGAACAGAAACAAUUUUUUAUAUCCCGUGAUCCAUCACUCGGCAAGAUCUACGAGGAGCAUCCUGAUAUCAUCUGCUUUGCAAAUGGAACAAACAUCAGGAACACGAUUAUUGUCGCAUUUAUCGUUGUCUCCUCAACUCCGUUUCUUGGGCUCGGCAUUCUGAUCUUAAUGUACCAGUCCAUACAUCAAGGCAGUUGGUCAAUCUACACUUAUCGUCUUCAAAUGAUGCUCUUCCGUUCCCUUGUCUUUCAGUUAAUCGCAUUUUCCGUGUUCUUGUGCCUUCCAUGCAUGAUGCUGAUCAUGGCGCUCCUCUUCGAGUUUCGGAACGGUCCAACUAUCACUGUGAUUUGCUUCUGUUUCGUCUUGAUGCACACUCCGAUCGAUUGCUUUAUGAUUUUGUAUUUCAUCAAGCCCUAUCGAAGCGUCGUUGCGAAUUUACUCAAAGUUCUGCAGGCAUAUGGCGAUACGACACUACAAUACACAACCCAUCGGCUAUCCCCGUUGUGUCAGUACCUGUUUCAACGCAAGACAAAUGCGUAUCUCUCCGGGGCAUCAACCACUCAAGUUCGGCAUUUCUAA